UUUCUCCACCUCUACCCUCUACUGUAUACGUGUCGCCUUCUUUCCUUUCGAGAUUCGGAGUAUUUGUUAUUUGGUUUUCGAAUUUCGAAGUGUCUAAAAGUGCGACUUUAACUUCACAAAACCUGAAAAGAUGGCUCCACCACAGAGAAUGCGCGUCGCCAACGAGAAGGCCAGCAAAUAUGUGACAAUGCGUGGCAAUGUCCCCAAAUCCUCGAAAACGAAAGAGGGACAGUAUCCUGUUGGACCCUGGCUUUUGGCGCUAUUCAUCUUCGUGGUCUGCGGUUCUGCCAUCUUCCAGAUCAUUCAGUCGAUACGCGCAGCGUAAGAACUUCGCACAAGCAACCAACCAACAACAAUAACAUCAAGUGGAGACGACACCUUUCCAUGAGCAACUUUUGUAGCCUUCCCAACAACACACCUGUCGUAGCUGAAUUGAACUCUAUAGAUCCUAAAGACCCGGCAACAUGUGCAACGUCCGCUGAGGAUGACUUCAAACAACUUGGCUUUCCAAUUCAUUUUGCAAUAUGUAUUUCUAAACACACACAAACAUACAAAAUUUAAGUCCAUUUUACGCAUUUUGCAUUAAUUUUAAGUGCUGUGCAGCCAGCUGAUACUAAAAACUAAUCGUUAUGUGCA